CGACUGACAGCAACACUCGUCUUGGUGACUUUGGUGGCGACCAUUGGAUCAUCUUUCCAGUAUGGGUACAAUGUGGCUUCUGUAAAUUCUCCAACCCCUUUCAUGAAGACAUUUUACAAUGAAACCUACACGAGUCGCUAUGGCUCUACCUAUACUACAAGUUUACAGAAUGUGUUGUGGUCUCUCACCGUGUCCUUAUACCCACUCGGUGGAUUCUUUGGCUCUUUAAUGGUGGGGCCUCUAGUUAACACAAUUGGGAGGAAGGGAACCUUGCUGCUCAACAACAUAUUUUCCAUUGUCCCUGCUAUUUUAAUGGGCACCAGCGUCCUGGCCAAGUCUUUUGAGGUCAUCAUUGCUUGCCGACUGAUAAUAGGAAUCUGUGCAGGUUUAUGUUCCAAUGUGGUCCCCAUGUACCUUGGAGAAAUGUCCCCUAAAAAUCUUAGAGGAGGUAUUGGGGUGAUGCCUCAGCUGUUGAUCACCAUUGGUAUUCUUAUGGCACAGAUUUUCGGGAUCCGAUUCAUCCUUGGAAAUAUGCAAGGUUGGCCCAUACUGCUGGCUCUCACCGGAAUUCCUGCUGUACUAGAGCUUAUUGUACUGCCCUUCUUUCCUGAAAGUCCAAGAUACACACUGCUGCACAAGGGCAACGAGGAAAAAGCCAGAAAUGCCUUAAAGCGCUUGAGAGGUUGGGAAGAUGUUGACAGCGAAAUCCAGGAAAUGUAUCAAGAGGAUCAGUCAGAAAAAGUAGAAGGACGCCUAUCAGUCAAGAACUUGUGCUCAUUUCGUCCACUGCGUUGGCAGCUCAUCUCUAUCAUUGUCAUGAAUAUGGGGCAGCAGUUGUCUGGAAUCAAUGCAGUAUAUUACUAUGCGGACAGUAUAUACAGAGCAGCUGGUGUGGCAGAUGACACUGUUCAGUAUGUCACAGUAGCAACUGGAUCUGUCAAUGUUCUAAUGACACUGGGUGCGGUCUUCAUUGUGGAUUCAUGGGGUAGACGACUGUUACUGCUCAUAGGUUUCGGGACAUGUUGCAUUGCAUGUAUAGUGUUAACUAUUGCUCUGAUUUAUCAGACCACUGUACAUUGGAUGCCAUACCUAAGCAUAGCCUGCGUGAUUGUCUAUGUCAUCGGCCAUGCCAUUGGACCAAGUCCCAUCCCUUACGUGAUUACAACUGAAAUGUUUCGCCAGGCUUCCCGUCCUGCUGCCUUUAUGGUAGCUGGAAGUGUUCACUGGUUAUCAAACUUCACUGUUGGGCUCAUAUUUGAAUUCCUUAUGAGUGGAUUAGGCUCCUACUGUUUCAUCCUCUUUGCUGCCAUCUGCCUUGCCACAUUCAUCUUUAUAUAUUUUAUUGUUCCUGAAACCAAAGGAAAAACUUUCCUUGAAAUCAGUCAACUAAUGGCAAAGAGAAAUGGACUUGAAGAGAAAACAGAUUCCAGGGAAUUUGAAGACCUAACAUCACCAACAUCCAAGAGCAUCCCAUUAGAGGAAGAUGUCAUCAAAAGUGCACUGUGA